CCGGAAUAGUCCGCCUACUAAUCUUGAACAACAGACCCCGGCUCGGCAGUUUCCCCUCAUCUUCUAUUUAUUCUCGUGUUCGUCUCUGCUUACGACCAGAUCGCUCGUCUCCUUCCGUUUUGUCCCUCUUCUCCGUUUCCAACGCUACCUUUCGCCGUCAUUCCACCAUGGCCAGCGUCGUCGAAGCCGCAAAGCGCGCUGCCGGUAAGGCUGCCGUCGAGAACCACUACCCCAAGGACGCCAAAUACGUCGGCAUUGGCAGUGGUUCGACCAUUGUCUAUGUGGUCGAGGCCAUCAAGGAGUCCGGAAUCGACACCUCCGCCACCAAAUACAUCCCCACCGGCUUCCAGUCCAAGCAGCUGAUUGUCAACGCUGGUCUGACCGCGGUGGACUUCGAUGCCCUUCCCGAAGGCACGGUCUUGGAUGUUGCCUUCGAUGGUGCCGAUGAGGUCGACGAUGAGCUGAACCUGAUCAAGGGUGGUGGUGCUUGUCUCUUCCAGGAGAAGAUUGUGGCUCUUCAGGCCAAGGAGUUCAUCUGUGUGGCUGACUCCCGCAAGCUCCAAUCCCGCCUGCUCACCGGCUGGAAGUACAUCCCCAUCGAAGUCGCUCCUAUCGCGGCUCGUCGCGUUCUUGGUGCUCUCAAGGAAAUUGGCAGCAUUGACCCCGCUAUCCGCUUGAACUCCGAUGCCAAGCAAGGCCCAUUGAAGACCGACCAGGCCUUCUACAUUAUCGACGCUCCCUUCAAGACUCUGCUGACCCAGGCAGACGUCGCUGCCGGAAAGGACGGUAGUGGCAAGGACGGCGUGUGGGAGGUCCACGCCCUCUCUCAGGCGAUCAAGCAGAUUCCCGGUGUUCUCGACGUGGGUAUCUUCUCUGGCGUGACGGGCCCUCAGGCGCAGGCGCUCGGUGGUGUCGGAGGCCAGAAGCCUAUUGCUGCCUACUUCGGUAUGCCUGACGGCUCGGUGUCUGUCAGAAAGGCCGCUGCUUGAAUGGGACUGCUCCCUAACGCCAUAUACGAUACGUCAAGAGAUUAGAAGAAAAAGUACAAGUACAAAUGAUACCAUGUAGACUGUUAGCACGAAUCGGACUAUUUUAC